AUGAUCUUGCCUUUACUCGCUUUGUAUUCAGAUAACAAUUCUUUACUUUAUUACACAGCUCUUGAUAACAUAAUUUCAUCAGAACCUACAGAUGCUUCAAGGUUUGGAAAUCAAACGAAUUUGGAGAUUCGAUGCAAUAAUACAUCACAGUUCUACAAAUUAGAUACAUCGAAUUACGAAAAUAUCUAUAUAAAAGCUGACCAUUUCUGCGUUAUCAAUAUUACAGGAGAAAAUAAGAAAAUCAAAAUUGAUGGUCCCGCACAAGUAUAUAUUACAGGCAACAACAAUACAAUUUACAACGAAUUUAAUCUCAGUAAAAGAUUUUCUCACCCUCUUGUUCUUAUUGAUGGAAUUGGAAACAAUUUAAAGAUUAUUUGGAAUGAAAAUUUAAAUUUGUCAUACAACGUUGCCACAGCCAUUGUGAAUGAUCCAAAAUUCAUCACAUCUGAUCCAGGCGAUUCAAAUUUCAAAUUCAAUGAAAUUGAUAAUUCCAGCUUUGUUGGAGAUAUUGGUCCAUUCAUCGAAGUUAAUAUCAGCCUAUUGACUAGAGUUCCAGCAGGCGGUGGCCGUGGUGGUGGUGGCGGUGGUCGUGGCGGUGGAGGAGGUCGCAGUGGAGGAGGCCGAGGAUAUGGACAUUCGUCUUCUACAUCGAGAGGUGGUGGUGGAUAUCAUGGAGGUAGUAGUGGUGGAGGGUCUGGAGGUAGUGUUCCAUUGGCUUUUAUAAUUGUCAUGAGCAUUAUUUUUGGAGUUCCAAUAUUGGGAGCCAUAAUUUUCGUGAUCUACAAUUUAAUAUAUGAUUGCUACAAACAACAUUUAGACAAAACAUCUCAAGACAUACCAGAUUUGUAA